CGGCCGUGAUGCAGGCGGCUCCUCCUCCCGGCGCUCGGCAAGGGCUGGGAGCUCCCCUCUGCCCGGCUGCCCUUAUUUAAUUUCCAGUGUGAUUUUGCUAUUUUUAGCACCUGGAUCCCCUCCAAUCCGCAUUUGCGAGCAGCAGCAGCCAGGAGGGGGGGUUUCGGUCGCUCACAACACAGCCACGCCGGGAGAGGGAGGAAAAAAAAAUAAUAAUAAAAACGCCACCAAAAAAAUAAUAAUAACCCCCAAGCACCCAGCUCCGAGACCAAGCUGACUGACGAUGAGCGAAGCCGGCGCCAAGUCCAGCCAGGCCCUGGCCUCCAAGGGGGAGAAGGACGCCUCGGAGAAGAGGGGCCGGGGACGGCCCAGGAAGAAGCCGCAGCAGGAGCCCAGCGAAGCCCCGACCCCCAAGAGACCCCGCGGACGGCCGAAGGGCAGUAAAAACAAGGCCACCCCAAAAGGCAGGAAAGCUGCAGUCACACCAGGGAGAAAACCUCGAGGCCGACCCAAAAAAUCGCAGCAGGACGAGGAGGAGGUGAACAUUUCCCAGGAGUCGUCCGAGGAGGAGCAGUGACCCCCCCCCCGAACCGGCGCUACCUCAUCGCCCCGCGGGACCCCCGCCCGCCCCCCCCCUCCCCUCCCCUCGGCCAGCCUGGGACCCGAGGGAGAGGGACGGGGGGAAAAAAAAAAAAAACCCCAACGCGGCGCCCCGGCUUCGUCCUCCUCCCUGCUCCGCUCCUCGCUCGCCCCCCCCGCCACCGGCAGCGCUGGCCGGGGGGGGGGGGGGGGCUCAGCCCCACAGCCUGGGAAAAUGGGGUUGGGGGGCUCCGCCCCCCCCCCCCCGCCAGCGCCGCGUUUCGGGGCGGCCCCGCUAACCGAGGGGGUGUCGGUGGGGCUGGAAACCCGCAGCCUUUGCUGUCCCCCCCCCCCCCCCCCCCCCCAAAUUGAGCGAUUUCAGCCCCCCCCAGAGCAGGUGUCGGCCGUCCCCCAGCACCGGCUUUGCCCCGGGUCCUCUGCAGGGAUGGGGCGGGGGGGGGGGGGGCAGCAAAGGCAAAAAAAAAAAAAAAAAAUACAAAAAAAAACCAAAACGCCCCCAGACCUGGCCCGGGCUGUGCCCCCCCCCCCCCCCCCCCCCAAAUCCCCCCCCCGGGUGAUUGCACUGUGCACGGGAGAGCGGCUCCGCAGCGAUGCUGGGGGCUGGGGUGGGGGGGGCUCAGUCCCCAUUGCCCCCCCCCCCCCAGCCCCGGGUGGCCUUUUCCUGAUAGGUUCUGGUGAAGUUUUUAAUUUUUUUUUUUAGUCCUUUUUGUUGGUUUUUUGGGGUUUUUUUGGCGGUUCUCCUCUCGGUCACAACUACCUCUGGAUAUUUAAGUUCCACUCAGCUCACAGACGUGCUGCUGCUGCUGCUGCUGCUGCUGCUGCGCCGCAUUCGGGGCCGCCGGGGCCUCCCCCGCUUGGUUUUUGGGGUUUUCUUUUUUUUUUUUUGGGGGUGUCUCUGGAGGAGUGGGGGGGUGUUGUCCCCCGGGUUAGUCUCUUUAUUUUUUGGUGGUUUCGUGUUUUUUUUUUUUCGUUUUUCUACUGUUUAUGUUAAGGUUCAGGUCGCUCUGCUGCUCCCAGGGACAGAGCCUGCAGGGGGCCGGGGCAGGGAUUUGGGGUCCUCCCCCCCCCCCCCCAAGCCGUGACCCCACAGCGGGACCGGGGUCGGUGGCGGGUUUUGGGGCGCUCCCGGCAGGGAGAGAACUGGUGUGUGUGUGUGUGUGUUGGGGGGGGGGGGGCGGGGGGGUUGUUAUUUUUAAUUUUUAUUUUUCGGUCCGCCGUUGACGACCUUUUGGGUUCCUAUUUGCAGUUACUUGAAUAAAACAUUUUAUGGA